UGCAGCCUGCUGCAGUCGUUCACGUCUCGGCUUGUCUGAUGCGCACGCGCAGAGUGUUAUCAACAACAACUGCUCUAUAGUGCACGACCGUCUGCACUUUACACUUUCGGUUCCGACCGGCGUCGAAGUUCGUCCGUCUAGCAUGUGCUGUCAUUACCGUCGCGAGUACAAGAAGUCCGUUCACACAGUAUACGAUAUAGCAUGUUUUUGCCCAUCACUGUGGCAAAACUAGUGCGUGGUGUGUUCUGCAAUCGACACGGUCACCUCAACCUCCUGUCGAGUCGUGUCUGUUUGACCGGGUCCGGGGUCCCGUCCGUCCGGAACAGGUUCGUGUCCACCUCCCCGAGCCUGUGGCACGGCGAAUACGAAUGGCAGGAUCCGGAAAACGAAGCUGACGUAGUCCAAGUGGCGUUUGUAGACAGGGACGGCAAGCGCACAGAAGUCAAGGGGAAAGUCGGUGACAACGUUCUGUAUCUGGCCCACAGGUAA